UCACAAGAAUUGCCAGUUUCUACUCCCAGACUGUAUCGGGACCCCGACCAGAACAUACAGUUUCCGCCGGUAAUUCCUCUCAACGUCGGUGGCGUCAAAUACGUCACUCGUCUGUCUACGCUCUGUAAAUACCCAGACUCGAUGCUUGCCGCUCUGUUCAGCGGUCGCCAUGCUGUUGACAAGGACCAGAACGGUAACUACUUUCUAGACAGUAACGGUUCCAUGUUUGGAUAUAUUCUGGAGUUUCUCCGUAACGGCUCGGCUCCUCCUAACCAUGUGUCUGUGGCAGUUUAUAAAGAGGCUAAUUAUUACGGCAUUCAACAUCUCAUAGAGAAACUUCAGCUCAAGCCAGAAGUAGCCAGACUCCUUGUUCGGGAGGCUCACAGACAACAGUUUCCAAACUACUAUGAGGUUAAGAACAACGUCAUUCAACUUGCUGUAGACCACGCCAUUGUUAACAGACAAGGGGAGGUAAUUCUGUAUGUAUUUCGUACAGAAUUUGUACCCAAGGUGCCAAAUUUUAAUCUUAGUCAUGGCUGUGUUGUAGAAAAUGCUCAUUUGUCUGUCGGACCUUGGUCAGCCGCAGUCGAUGAAGAACUAUUCAUGAAAUGCUUGGAAACUGAUUUGAUAGAGGAAGGCUUUAAUCUCAAACCACAUGAAUCAAAAAAGAAAUGCCGAUAUUUUCAUGGACAAACAUGUCAGAAGUUUGUUUACCGACUACAAAUAAUGUUUUAGAAAAACAAAAAACAGUUUUUCCAUCAAAUUAAAUUAAAAGUUUUCCCAGAAAUUAUGAUUUAGUUUAGGGUAGAGAAGUUUUUUACAUAUAAACCACUUGUAUUGUACAUGAAACAUGACCAAUCAGGAUUAUGAGUGUCUUUAUUACUCCAGGGCUUAUGUUUACUAACCGGGUAUGUGUGUAAAUAAGCUAGUACACAUCCCAUGGAGUAUCAAGGAUGGAAGAUGAGUUGUUCAAAAAUCACAAUGAGGAUUCUCAUACUAGAAUAUUUGAUGUCUCGCCUAGUGAAACUUUGCAAUAUUUACUAUGUCUACUGGUCGGGCCGGUAAACUAUUUUGAAAACCUGCUUCAGCUGGUGGGAUAGUAUUUUAAAUAUAAAGGUUACACCCCUGUGCUAUUGUUUCGUGAAAUUAGUUUUUCGUUUUGGAAAAUUCUGUUUUCUUUAACAUUAGUUACCAUUGGUACCAGAACUAUUCUAAAUGUCUGUGAUAAUUAAAAUGUCAGAAUAUGUGUGUGUGACAACACUGUUCAAAUCCUACAUACAAUAUUAAUUUUGUUUUUCCCGAUAAUUUAAAAGAUGGGAAUCUCACAUGUCUGUUCUGAGCUCCUCAUAAAGCAAAUGUAUUAUUGUGGGUAAAGAUGUACUUGCUUCAAAAUGCAAUAAUAUUUGUUUUGUGUCUACAAUGUUAGGUCAAGAAUCUCACACCAUGGUCUGUUCAGCCCGAAAACGUUUGGAAAUGUUUUUUCCAAUUUUCACUUACGUGUCAGAUAUAUGCUUGUGUUCAAACCUGACAUAUGUUCUAUGUGUAUGUGGUGUUACACUUUACAUGGUAACACAGUGUUAUGUUCAUAACUACAGUGAAACCUGCCUAAUCCGACCCUUAUGUAUUCUGGAAUUCUGUCUGAUCCAACUCCCACAUAAACCAACAUGCUGUCUACUACCCAACAUAAUGUUUAAAUCAUAUGUUUGUAAUGUAGAUGACCAACAAACAUCUUUGUAUUCUGAAAUCCUGUUCAAUGUGAAAAGUAUAUUAUGUUGUAUCCUGCAGGUUGUCAGAUUAAACAGGUUUUAUUAAAUAAAAAAUAAAUAAAAAAUUAAACCACAUGCAGAAAUUAAUGACUGCCAUUAUCACAAACAUACAUUAAUAUAGUUAUUUUAUUUACAUAAUCACGGUGGUGAGGAAGAGUCGCCACAUACUACGGAUAUGACACUGAUCAGAAUUAACCCUUUCACCCUAUGUAACUUUAGU